AUGGCGCGUACCAAACAAACUGCUAGGAAGUCUACCGGUGGUAAGGCACCGAGGAAACAACUUGCUACAAAAGCAGCAAGGAAAAGUGCUCCUGCUACUGGUGGAGUAAAGAAGCCUCAUCGUUAUCGUCCUGGUACUGUUGCGCUUCGGGAAAUCAGGCGAUACCAGAAGAGUACUGAGUUGCUCAUCCGCAAGUUGCCCUUCCAGCGUUUGGUUCGUGAGAUCGCACAAGACUUCAAAACCGACCUGCGUUUCCAGGGCUCAGCUGUGAUGGCCUUGCAGGAAGCCAGUGAAGCUUACUUGGUUAGCUUGUUUGAAGAUACUAAUCUGUGCGCCAUUCACGCCAAGCGUGUUACUAUCAUGCCAAAAGAUAUUCAACUUGCAAGGCGUAUACGCGGAGAAAGGGCCUAA